UAUUUAUUUCUUUCAACUUGAAUAGUUAAUUACUUAUUCAUUAGUGAUUUGUGUGCUUUCUUUAUAAUUAAAUUAUAUUGGUCGUAUCGGAUUACAUAUAGGACUGCUAAACUUUCCUAUUUUAUACUCUUCAGUAUUGGUAUAAAUUCUUAUAACCUAAUUCAUUGUUGUUAAACACUUGCAUAAAUCUUAUCAAAAACCUCAGACGAUAACAAUGGCAGACGACGAAGUGGAUCCUAAAGAGUAUCGCUGGGAAACCGGCUAUGAGAAAACCUGGGAGGCAAUUAAAGAAGAUGAGGAUGGUUUGGUGGAAGGCUUGGUGGCGGAGUUCGCCCAAAAGGCGGCUCGAAAGGCCGCGGCACCGCGCAAAGGGCCCGUGAGGCUUGGUAUGAUGCGCCAUCUUCUGGUGGCCGUGGAUUGCUCCGAGGCGAUGAGCUGCCAGGAUAUAAAGCCUACUAGAUUCCUUUGCACAUUAAAGUUGCUAGAGAGAUUUAUUGAAGAAUUCUUUGAUCAAAAUCCCUUGAGUCAAUUGGGCCUGGUGCUUAUGAAGAAUAAGAGAGCAGAGAGGCUCACUGAAAUGUCAGGAAAUGUCAGAAAACACAUAAAGGCAGUUCAAGGCUUGUCAAAUAUGGCACUGACUGGUGAGCCAUCACUGCAGAACACAUUGGAGUUUGCCAGUCGAGUGCUCAAGCCCCUCCCUGGACAUGCCUCAAGAGAACUGCUAGUGCUAUUUGCCUCACUCACUACUUGUGACCCGGGAGAUAUAACUACUACUAUACAGAGUCUCAAGACAGAUGGAAUCAGGUGUAGUGUCAUUGGACUGGCAGCUGAAGUCAGGAUCUGCAAAAAGUUAUGUCAAGACACGGGUGGUGAAUAUGGGGUGAUCCUAGACGAUGUUCACUACCGCACGCUCCUGUUGGACUGUACGGCGCCUCCGGCCCGCGCGCGCAGCCUCGACGCGGGGCUCGUCAAGAUGGGCUUCCCUCACGCGCCGCCCUCAGAACAGGACAACAGCGCCCCGCCGCCCGUCACUCAAUGCAUGUGUCACUUGGAAGAAGGUGAAGGAGUAGGCACGGAAGGCCACCUCUGCCCGCAAUGUCGCAGUAAAUACUGCUCCCUGCCAGCGCAGUGUCGAACCUGCGGCCUCACGUUAGCGUCAGCGCCACAUUUAGCCAGGUCUUAUCACCACCUGUUCCCAGUGGAGCCAUAUGAAGAAGUACCAAAUGAAGGCCAAGCUCAGUGCUGUUUUGGGUGCUUAAGGCCUUUUGUGGAACUUGACAAAGAGUUGCACCGUUGCCCUCGUUGCCGCGAGCAUUACUGCUGGGAAUGCGCUAGCUCGGUCGCGUCCACACUGCACGUUUGUCCCGCCUGCGCCUCCCGUCCACACCUGUACCAGCGGCUGCCCGACCACGAGUGAAGCGAGGACACGUGUGACUGUGUGUAUACUUGUACAUCGCCGAUUAUUGAGGUCAUUCACGGUCACAAAUAAGAGUACUACCACUGCUGGGAAUGCGCUAGCUCGGUCGCGUCCACACUGCACGUUUGUCCCGCUUGCGCCUCCCGUCCACACCUGUAUCAGCGGCUGCCCGACCACGAGUGAAGCGAGGACACGUGUGACUGUGUGUAUACUUGUACAUCGCCGAUUAUUGAGGUCAUUCACGGUCACAAAUAAGAGUACUACUACUGCUGGGAAUGCGCUGGCUCGGUCGCGUCCACACUGCACGUUUGUCCCGCCUGCGCCUCCCGUCCACACCUAUACCAGCGGCUGCGCGACCACGAGUGAAGCGAGGAUAUGUGUUAGUAUUUUAUUCUGUUUUUCUAGUGCGAAAAGAGAGGACAUGACUUAGUGUGGGUAACCUAUCGAUGUUUCGAAAAUCCUUUGUCCGAUUAUCACUUGUCCGAAAACGGUUGACAGAAUUUUUAUAAUCC